AAACUUAUUAAAUAGAGAUUGAUUAUGACUGAGCCUUUUUGACCUUAACAUCUGUGAAUUGAAGAAAAUGUCGGAAGCUUUUAAGAGCACGGAGAACUUAUCGAGCAAUAUGGAGACUAAUUCGAGCCAGCCACCUCAGUAUGACGAUGUUAUAUCAGCUCCUCCAAAUUACCGUGAAGCUGUUGCUGUGCAGAUUCCAAUUCCUUCUCCGACACCCAACGCACCCCCCACAACUUCGGCGGCUCCUCCAUCGUACGAGAGUCUGUUCGGAAACAUACGUGCAGCUCACGAAGAACACGGGAGUUCGAACAAAAUGGUAUUUGUGAAGAAAGUUGUCGGCAUCCUAAUGAACACAAUUGGUUACUCUGUGAUGCUGGGGAUUAUGUACGUCGUGCCUAUUGCAAUGAUCAUCAUAGGGUCUUUGGGAAUCAACGACUGUCCGAUGGAGCGUCAGAUUCCGAUCUUUUUGAUUGUAUUUGGAGUCGUUCUGGUGGUGAAGAACACGCUUUCUCUGGUGCAGCAGGUGAAGCGAUACAGACAAAACAACUCGGAAGAACAGACGAAGAAGCACCCUGGCGAGGGAAUCAUAGAUGCAUUCCUUCUCAUCUGGUUCGUUGCAGGCAACAUCUGGGUGUACAGACAGUACAAUGACGUGCAGUACAAAUCGCCCUCUCUGGAGCAUAGCUACUGUGACAAUGUGGUCUAUCUGUUUGCCUUCUGGGUCAUCACCACUGUCUACAUAUUCUGCAUGGCCGCCAUGACCUGCUGCUGCUGUGCAUUCUGUCUAGCCAUCUGUUGCAACAAAAACAAUAAUCAGAGUCAGCAGCACACUCAACAAACUACUUGAACCUUGAAACCCCAACAAGUUUGAAGUGUCGAUCACAAAGACACUUUUAAAACUUGAAAUAAACUAUGUUAAAGAAAUCAGGUUGAAGUUACGGUAAAUUAGUUCAAAAUCGAUCAGAAAAUUUAAUUUAAAAAACCUUAAAUUGAAUAUAGAGAACUAAAACGGAAAUAUCUUUCAGCGAUUUCAGAGUUUUUUCAGCGAUUUUUGUCCGGAUUGGGCAUACAUACAGUGGUAUUAAUUUCUCAUCCACCAAGGAUUUAUCUUGAACUGAAAAUUAUAAAAUUUCAGUUAUACAAGCUCAAAUCAAUUGAAUUUUCAUUCAAUACAUUAUUCCCGGAUUCCAAUAAUGGUUGCUAAUAAAUUUGGCUCUUUUUCCCGCAGUUAUCAUGAACCUUUUCUAUUGUAACAAGUGCUCUUAAAUAAUUCUGAAGAGAGCAAAUGUUUGAAUUUGGACAAUAUAUAAACAUUAAAAGCUUCAUCGAUCGGCUAGUGUGAACCUAAGUUGUUUCAUUAGUAAAUGUUCCGAGUCAUAAAUUCUGGGACCAAAAAAGGCCAACUUCCUUGAAUGAGAAUUUUGUUCCGACCAGGUAUGCUUUUAUACCACGAGUCUCUAUUAAGGGACUUCGGCUCUUUUUCCUCCCCCCCCCCUCCCACACACACACACACACACACACACACACACACACGAGCAUCAAUUUUAUGGUGUAACGAGUGCUUUUACAAGGUUAAUUAUGAAGACCAAAUAUGUU